GUCGAGUUAAAAGGGGAGAUAAUAUUCCGUGUCUGUUAUCACGUUGGUCACUGACCUUGUGUUAGGGUGAUAUAACUAAGCGAAAUAAGAAGUAUUGUCAGAGAAUUCGUGAAAAAGUUGAGAGAAUGUCACAGUCAGGCUUAAAAACAGAGUUUGUAUUUAGUGGCUAUGGUAAAAACUAUGUAAAGGUGCUACAGCUAAGACGGGAAGGUAAAAUACACCAUGUGAAAGAAAUAGAAGUCAGCACACAACUGACUCUUAAUAACACAAAAGACUAUAUCCAUGGUGAUAAUUCUGACAUCAUUGCAACAGAUUCACAGAAAAACACAGUUUAUGUUCUAGCUAGACAACAUGGUAUAGAGAGCAUUGAGAAGUUUGCUUUGAUUAUAUCUGACCACUUUUUGAGGAAAUAUGGUCAUGUUACCAAUACUCAAAUAUAUAUUGAAGAAGCCCCUUGGAAAAGAAUAUCUGUGGAUGGACAGGAACAUGCACAUGCCUUUUUCUUCAGUAAGGAGGCCAUUAGAAGGUGUGAAGUAACCCAGGAAAGGGGAGGAAUACCAAUGUUGAGAUCAGGACUUAAAGAGAUGAGGAUCAUGAAAACAACACAGUCUGCAUUUAGAAAGUUUGUUAAUGAUGAAUUUAGGACAUUGCCUGAUGCAGAUGAUAGAUUAUUUUGCACUGUUGUAGAUUCUUGGUGGUGGUAUAAUUCAGUAAACGGUGUAGACUUCACUAAGGUGUGGGAAGGUAUUAAAGGUAUUGUUCUAGAUACAUUUGCAGGACCAGCAACAACUGGAGUCUUCUCCCCUUCAGUACAGAAUACACUUCAUUUAACAGUCAGAAAUGUUUUAUCAAAGAUACCUCAAGUUGAGAAGAUGGAGAUAACACUACCUAAUGUCCAUUAUUUUGCCAUGGAUUACAACAGAUUCCCAAAGCUUAACCUAAAAGAUUAUAAAAACGAGGUAUAUAUGCCAACAGACAAGCCAUCAGGGAACAUAUCAGCAAGGAUACAAAGAUCACGAUUAUCAAAGCUUUAGAAAUGGAUUUAAAUGGUUUAUUCCAGACAAUCUUAAGAGUCAAAAUUCAAAAAAGGACCAAUAUUUAUAGAAUUUGUUAUGAUUUAAAAUAGUAUGUAAUGAUUUUACUUUAGAUCUGAAAGUUUUAAAUGUUACAAAUUGAAUUACCUGUAUCAAUAUUGUGAAAUUGGAUUACCUGUAUCUAUAUUGUUGAAUAAUUGCUUCUUAUUCUUCAUGCUAAUGAACAUUUUAAGUUUGGUAAAAGCUUUAAAGGUUUUAUAUCAGACAAUUUACAAUUUUCAGAUUGUGAUCAACUUACUGACAGUAUUUAUAUUUGUUAUGAUGGUAUAUUUGUAAGAAAUUGUUUUUUUUUCAUAUCUGAAUAUUUACAAUUAUGUUAAUUUGAAAUACCAAUAAUUAUUAUGUGAAAAUCAAUUCUUCUUACUUACAAUUUUUUUGAAAACAUUUUAAACCAUGCUUUAUCAAAAGGGUGAAUGUAAAAGUAAUAUUUAUACCAUAUGAUAUUGACCAAAUGGUUAUUGCAGAUACUGCUUUUUUUUCAAAUUUAGGGCUUUCUAGUCAAAUUUGUUGCAAUUUAUUAUCAUGAUUUUAAACUCUGUAGAUGUAUUGAUAUUAGAAAAGAUCCACGUUGGCAUACUGUAAACCAACUAAUAUUGCGACUUUCAGGAGUAGAAAAAUAACGUGAAUAUAAAUUGUUGCAAAUUUGUAAAACUUGGAUCUUUCCUUAUUUAACUACUUCAAGUAAAUUUGAAAAUCACCAAAUUAAAUCACUGCGAAGUGGACUAGACAAGGGCUAAACAUGAAAUAAAGUAUCCACGAAAAUAAGUUGGUUUACAGUAUUUGCAAAGAUGAAUAUUUGUGCUAUUUUUAUUUGCAUGAAAGUUACAGAAAUAACUGGAUUACUUAAAUUGCUAGUUUUCCUGUAUUUAUUUUAGUACAUUUGUAACACUUAUAAAAGCAGGAAAAUGGUUCUUAGAAAAACUAAUUACAAUAGAAUGUGUAUCAUAUGAUUAUACUAAAACAAUAUACCAGCAGCAUAUUAUGAUUAUCUGCAAAAUUUGAUUUAUUUACAGAACACAAUUUACACAGAUUAGACUUUUGUACUAGUCCAAAACUGUCUCAUCUAUGACAAGAAAUUGUCAGUUUUACUUUUAUUUUUAUCUUGACUGCUAUUUAAAGAAUGUGGCAAGUGCAAGAUUUAAGUGUCAUUUUAUAUUUUACUAUUACAACUUCUUAUCCAUUAAUCGCCGCGAUAUAGCCGUUUUGUGCUGAUGCGGCGUAAAGCAAUCACUAAUCAAUCCAUCUUAUCCGUUUCAGGAAAGUACUUCAGUUCUAUGUGGUGUAGGGUGCUCUCCAUAUGUUAUGCUUCAAGGAUUUUUUUAAAUACUUCAUAUGCUUUACUUUUUUGCUUCAUUUUUUUUUUGCGUAAGGAAUAUUUUCUCAUAAAGAAUCAUUGAUAUAUUGAUGUUACAUAGGAUUAUCCAUGCAUUAAAGGUUCAAGCAGAAAAUGAGACUCUGCCCUUUAGUGAUGUUUUAUUGGCUUUAGAAUUCUGACACUGUUUGGAUAUUCAAUUUUGUGAUAAUAAGUUGAUAAUAACUGCAAAAAAUAAUUUGUUUGCAGUACACAAUUAAAAAUAAUGUCAAUGUCUUACAAUAGAUCUUGAUAUUUGAUAUGCUGCUACGUUAAUGUGUUUGCAUAAUAGUUACAUGCAGUAUAAAAAAAUUGGGACCUUUAAUGCUUUUAAAGAAUUAUUUAUGAUUGACAAUUGAUAUUUGGAGUGGAUAUUUUUAUAAGUGAUUGUAUUAGAUGACAUCCCUUCUUAUAUUUGACCUAAACAGCUACUGAAUGUUAAGCAGUAAUAUGGCAUAGCAUCACUGUUCUUUUAUUCUUCAUUUUGCUUCAAAGCAGGUGAAAUACACUGCCUAAAUAAUUUUGAGUAGAAUAAAAAUGACUUAGUUAACACAUUUUUGUCUCGCCUUGACAGAGUCAAAAAGCGAGACAUAGGUAUUUUUUUUCCGGCGUCGGCGAAUGCGGCGGCGGCGUCAACAAUGUAUUAGUUUGUGAUUAGGUCUAGUUCAUGGUGAACCACUAGUGGUAGGUCAAUGAUAUUUGGUAUGCAGUUGUAUUAGCAUUGGCACAUCUCAUUUCCAUGGAGAUUAUUUGACCCCACCCCCUCAGUCAAGGUCUAUUGACUUUGAAACUUUGCUUAGUUUACAUGUAUUAGUUUGUGAUAAGGUCAGUUUAUGGGGAACCACUAGUGGUAGGUCAAUGAUAUUUGGUAUGCAGUUGUAUUAGCAUUGGCACAUCUCAUUACCAUGGAGAUUAUUUGGCCCAACCCCCUCAGUCAAGGUCUAUUGACUUUGAAACUUUGCUUAGUUUACAUGUAUUAGUUUGUGAUUAGGUCAGUUUAUUGGGGAACCACUAGUGGUAGGUCAAUGAUAUUUGGUAUGCAGUUGUUUAAGCAUUGGCAUAUCUCAUUUCCAUGGAGAUUAUUUGGCCCUGCCCCCUCAGUCAUGGUCUAUUGACUUUAAAACUUUUGCUUAGUUUACAUGUAUUAGUUUGUGAUUAGGUCAGUUUAAGGGGAACCGUUAGUAGUAGGUCAAUGAUAAUUUGUAUGCAGUUGUAGAAGCAUUAGCACAUCUUAUUUCCAUGGAGAAUAUUUGGUCCUUACUUCUCAGUCAUGGUCUAUUGACUUUGAAACUUUUGCUUAGUUUACAUGUACUGUAAAUUCAGAAAUUAUUGCGUGCAUUUAUUAUUGCGAUUUUGUCAUUUUAGACUAAAAUGCGAUUUUAAUUUUUGCGUUAUUGAGAAAAAUCCUGUUUAAUUCAUAUAAAAAAUUUCAAAAUGCGAGUUUAUAUUAUUGCGAUUAUAACCAUGUCGCAUUUUUCGCAAUAAUAAAAACAUCGCAAUAAUUUCUGAAUUUACAGUAUUAGUUUGUGAUUAGGUCAGUUUAAGUCAAUGAUAUUAGGUAUGCAAAUGUAUUGGCAUUUGCAAGUUUCAUUUCCAUGGAGAUUAUAUAACCCCACCCCCCUAAUUAUGGUUCAUGGACUUUGAAACUUUUACAUAGUUUACAAGUUAAUGUUUGUGUUUAGGUUUGUUUAAAGGAAACGACUUAUGAAAAGUCAAUGGUAUUUGGUUUGCAGUUGUAUUAGAAUUGGCACAUCUCAUUUCCAUGGAGACUGUUUAGCCCUGUUCAUUCAGUCAUGGUUCAUUGACUUGAAUAUUUGCAUAACUUACAUGUUAAAGUAUUGUAAUUUUAAUUUCAACAUUUGCAUUAUCAAAAUAACAAAUAGGCGAGACAUAUCUCUGUGUUAACAGUUUAUUUACUCAUCCAACCACUAUCUCAUGGAUACUUCUUUGUAACAUAAGUAUAUGUUUUUAAUGAUGUAUAUACUAGUCUUAAUGUGCAAUAAACAGAAGAGACAACAUAACGAAACAAGGUAUUGCAGAUGAAUGUCAUUGAUGUUGGUAUGUUUACAUUAUACAUUUAUAUGGCUGUUCAAGCUGACUCUGAACAUUUACAAGUAUUUUAAGUAGUGUAAAUUCAGAAAUUAUAGCGACGUUUUUAUUAAUGUGAAUAAUGCGAUUGAGUGAGUAUCGCAAUAAUAAGAACUCGUAUUCUGAAUUUCGAUACAUAAAUUUAUAUGCAAAUUUUCUGGAUAUCGCAGUAAUUAAUCUCACAUUUUUGUCCAUUCUUCAAAAAUCGCAAAAAUAAAUGCAUGCAAUAAUUUCAGAAUUUACAGUAGUAUUAUAUACUUUUACAGACAUGCUAAGAGACUGCCUAGUGAGUAAAUUUCAUGAUUUUGAAAAUAUUCUGAUUACCUGAUAAACUACUCUGCAUUUAAAAAUACCAUUGUAAGUUAAACUUUUCACAGCUUGUUCCCAUGGUUACAACUUUCUAAUGCCUGUAAUCGAUUGACAGAUGCUUUAACUAAAGCUUGAUACAUGAGGAUCUUAAUGGGGUUUCCAGAUAAAAAGGAUUAUAGGUAAAAAAAAAGAAGAAAAAAAGAGAAUAAUGGGGUGCUGAAUUAAAAAGAAUAAAGAAAAAUGCCCUAAUUUUUUUAAUGCUGUAAUGAGGACCCCAUCAAGACCCUCAAUUGUGUGGCUUAAUAGAAAACAAUUACAGAUAAAAGACAUGUUCAAAUAUUGUGUUAUUUCUCUAUAGAGGGAUGAAUAAUUAUAUGUAUAUUUUUCUGAAUUUACAUUUCAACUUUACCCUUUUUACUAAUAUUACUUAAAGAAUUUCAUAAAAAUGAUCAUGAUAUUAGACAAAUGAUAAUAUUUUUAUUUAAAAGAUGAGUAUUAAAUCCUGAAAGUUAAAGAUAUCAUAAUAUUAGAAAAAUGAUAAUAUUUUUAUUUAAAAGAUGAGUAUUAAAUCCUGAAAGUUAAAGAUAUCAUAAUAUUAGACAAAUGAUAAUAUUUUUAUUUAAAAGACGAGUAUUAAAUCCUGAAAGUUAAAGAUAUCUCUUUUAAUUACAUUUGAUAUGAUCUUUCUUUGUUUUUGUAGACAUUUAUAUAUUUGUUACGUAUAUUUUUAUCAUAUUUAAUGUUAACAUUUGUUUAAUCCAUAUAGAAUUGAUUUGUCAAAUUUUCAAAAUUUUUAAAGGAAGUUGGAGUACUUGAAGAGAACCACCACCCUUUGGCAGAAAAAUUGGCAAUCUUACCCGGUAGUCAAUUAAGAUCAGAGUUGAAAACACCUUGCCACAUGUGGGGUUCAAACUCACAAACUCAUAGCAUUGACAGGCUAUGAAAAAAUGCUAAGAUUUUUUCUUCGAUGAUGGAGAUAUGAAGUUUGACAGGAGAGUGGUUUUUCAAAUUGAGAUUUUUCAUGAUUUUUUAUAAUAACUGGAGAGCAGAUACCUAUGACUUUUUUUAUAUCCAUUAGCUUUUCAAGAAUUGGAAAUUUUUCAGCUACCUCAACCUGACGUAUAAGUACUUUGUCUUUUUAUAAAUAUGCGUUCUAAUCAGAGAUGUGGGAACUAUACAUAUGUGAUUCAUUUAAAUACAAUGUCUUGUAUAUUGUCGUAAACGAGAUUAUUUGUUGUUUUACAAAUUACCAGAAUGUAUCAACUCUACAAAAGUGUAUCAAUAUUCCAGAAGCACUAUUUUACUAUUAAAACUAAGUUUGA